AUGCCCACUGCACUUCCGAAAUCGGAUCGUCUGGCGCAGUGGGGCCCCCGCCCUGGUCAGGACAGUAGUUCACUGCCAUGCCCACUCUAUAAUGGUCGUCUCCUCAAACUAGGGUCUAAUGAUCGCUGGCAAUCCCGUCUGUUUACCUUUGACGGUUCAGUUUUUACCUGCGUCGGUAAGAAGCCCAAGGCGCCUGUGAUUAUGACCUAUGAUCCGUACGUCUCGUCGCCUUUUCAAUCUCCUUCCUGCCACCCCCGACCACUGAACCCCAACACAAAGUGGUACAUCGAGAUUGCCUCCAUUACUGCCAUCAAACUCUUGCCCGUCACAAAGAUCCACAGGUGCUUCCCCUACAGCGAUACCUCCAAAGAGCUGUCGAUCCAGACCAACGAUGGACGCAGCAUGACCCUUCGAGCAAGCAAGGACGUCGAGCUCGAGCGCUGGUACUUUGUCCUCUCCAAGGUCUGGGAACUUCAGCAUAAAUCGGAACAUCCCGUUGCUGCUGGUGUUGCUGCGGAGGAGGAGGAGGAGAAGAAAGAGGAUGCGGACGUGGCCGAAUAUGCGACCUCGCCUUGCGCGACAAAACAUCUUGCAGCACAUCAACAGUCGGCUCAACUCUUUCAGCGAUACCUCCAGAAACAAUAUCAACACCAAGAGAGUGCCGAAUCUCCUCAGGAAUCGCUUCCCUUCCACCAUCAUCUCCGACCACAACAAAAGAAGAAGCCCCGGGAGAGCUUUCUCCCUUAUGAAAUCCCUCCGCCUCCCCGUGUAUCCGCAUUUUUGCCCCAAGGGUUCGAAUGGUCCCUUCCAGAGCAAGGCGACGAAGAUGACUUACCUAUCGGUUAUAAUAAUACUCAUGGAGGCUAUCCAGAUACUCAAUCAGCAUCUGAAGAACAACGGGACCGUCGGCCGAUGGAGCGUCAAACUUCUUGGAGUCACCAUCCUCAACAACAACGCCAGCAGCAGCAGAUACAACAAAAAGGGCAACAACCACUUCAAUUUCAAGGAUCCACCUCAAUGGUAGUCCCAGGAAAUCGUCAUUCAGGAGAGGUUCUGCACACUACCGCCUCGGCAGAGAUGUACCACCAACGCUUUGCGUGUCCGGCAGCGAGUUCGAUGGAGCCAAGAAAGGCAGCCAUUAUUGACAAUUGGCGACGGAGUCUUCACCUGCCCUUGCUUGUUGACGAUACUACCUCGCCUCACGUGGAUGACUUUGCUGCUAUCGGUGUGAGCCAACAACAGCAGCAGCAGCAGAUGCGCGCACGGGCCACUGAUCAAGACCUGGCUGAUUUGGUGCUGAUGGACAGUCGUGACCUGGAGACAGCACUCAAGCGAUCGCCCAUCCUUGGUCUCGACAUGGCGGCCUGCAACAAUACCGAGAGUGGUGGUCUUCAUUCUGCCACCAUUGUACCCUCCCCCAUCACAGACUUGACCUUGACACACCGGGCCAACAACGCUCACGAAGACUACUCCUACACCAAGAAUGAAAUCUUUGCCCACGUCUACCAGGACAACCACCAUUAUCAUCACCAAGCACAGGACCACAUUGUCAAGCACCUCUCUAUCAUUGCGGGCAACAGCAGAUCCAGCACCAUGGCCAAGGAAGAGGAUGAACUCCCCCUUGGACUCCUCCAGUCCAACCGACACUCGCGAUGGCUGAACACCCAGCUCUCCUCCGAGGACGGAGCCUCAAACGCUCCAAGAGAACAACAGCCGCAGCCGACAGGUACCCUCACAACCACAACCACCCACCAACUCCUACCCUCGGAGCCGAUUACACCUGAACGAACCACGGCCAAGAACUCGGGUGCCCUGAACCAGCUCAACAGUCUUGCCUCUGCCGCCCACCUUGACAGCAACAGUAACCUCUGCUACCUUCCCGUUGCUCUCAUCCCCUCUGCUACUUCGUCAAAGAUUGAACGCGCCCCAUUCACCGUCCAUAUCCCCAUCCGUCAACUGCGACGAUGUCCCAGUAUCCCGCCCUCCUCUGUCAACAUCACAAUCAACAAACUCAAAAAAUACAUUCCUAUCGACACCACACCCUACACGACCAUCAGCUCUUCACUCCCUCACCAUCCUCCUCCUCGCCCCCCACGACCCCCAAGCGUUGGUCUCAACUCUCUGGCCGGCCCAGACGAACUCAACAGCGCUUCUCUACGAGCCCCCUUCAGCAUUAAUAUCGACAAUCGUCUUAAUAACAACAACAAAAACGACCUCUCCCAAAAUAAUCCUUCGCCUCCUCUGCCCCCUCCCUCGAACUACACUAGAAAACAACCCCAUAACCGCCUCUCCCUCUCGCGGUCCAUCUCGGCAAAGUCCACCCAAGCCCUUCAGCAACAACAACAGCAGCAGCAAGACUAUUCAGUCUACCCAUACCAAACAGCACCUCUCCCUCAUGACGAUGACGACGACGAGGACGAGGAUGAGCCCUUGGCAUUGACCCUGUCCCGCCAACAGUCCUUCCGACAGCGUCAAGCCCUGUCUCAUAUGAUGCAGCACCAGCAGCAGCAGCAGCAACAGCAACAGCAACAACAGCCAUCCAUGCCCGCAGUAUACAAGAGAAUCUUAUCCACCACUGAGCAUUUGCCAGUUCCCUGUAUCGCACUUGCAAUGCUAUAA